AUGUUGGGUAUCCUCUUGAAGGUGCUGCACAGCGACUCUUACAUGGAGCUGAGCUAGUAGCGGGACCAGCACAUUCUGGGUGACAAUGAAGAACAAGAAAAAUUACUGAAGAAAAGCUAUGCAGAAAAUGCCAUGCGAUUCAUCAACGGGACUCACCUGGAUGACAGGAUCAUCCGCACAGACUGGGAUGCCGGCUUCAAGGAGGGCCAACAGUAUGGCUGUGGGUGCUCUAGAGGCCAAGUUCGAGAUGAAUAUCAGCAGGACUAUGAUGCUGGAAGAGGGGGCUAUGGCAAACUGGCACAGAAGCAGUGAGAGGCGAGUGCCCUGUCAGUGCAGAGACGCCCUCCUUGGAUGGCUGAGUCACCAGAACCAUUUUCUUUUACCAGAUCAAAAAGUAGUUUCCUUGUAGCUGGAGACAGGGUUGAGUGGUUGAGCAAAAACAGAUGCGUUCCUCAGCAGCAGGUAUGGACUAUGAUGUGAUUCAAUUAAGUCUGUCAGCCAAAAAUACUUCUAAGAAGACCAGAAAAAUGUAAAAACUCAUUUUCUGAUGCUUGAGUCUAGGGGGCUCAUGAUCUUUAGUAGGACUUGGAAUGACUUUUUUUUUUUUUUUUUUUGGUACUG